AUGGCGGAGCGCUCUAAAACGCCCACGCCGCGCCUUUCGGACGGCAGCGAAAUAAAUAACGAUAUUGACCUGCCCUCGAAAAGGCCUGCAGCCGCAACACCUAAGCAUUCAACCUCACACUUUGAGGUCUUCAUACGGCAAAUAUCAUCAGCGGAGAAAAUCUGCAGUUUUGCUGCACCAAUAAUCGCGUCUUGUAUUCUUCUUGACCAGUAUCCGCCUGGGAUGCAUCUUUUUAAACCUGUGGAAGUAUACCAGAAACUUUACCGCACUGCCUGUAUGCAAGCCGCAAGAGCUGUGCUAGGCCAAAACCCUUCCGCUGCGUGGGCGUGUACACUCUCAAGUUGUGCGCAGACGAGAGCACUUGCCAGACCCGUACUAGACUCGACAGCCCAGCCAAUCAACGUGCAAGUCUACAGGCAUAUCGCCAUCGCUUAUAUGAAGAGGUAUAUGGCAACGAGGUCCAUAGAGGGCAUCUUAGGUCUGGUCGACGACGAAGAGCUGCCGAGCGAUUACUAUGCCGACGAGGAUUACGUCGACGCGGGCCAAACAGCUAAACUUCAUAUAAGACAGGCGUUAAGACUUCUGUGGCAUAUUCCUUCUUCUUCCUACGCGGCCGAAGACUCAUCCGCAACCUAUUUGGCGUCCUUCCUGACCAAGCGCGGGGCCGGGCGCGGGGCUGCUGCGGGUGGGCGUGUCUACGUUGAGCGCGUGGAAGCCGCGGAGGGUGGGGGGCGGCGAGAACACGCUUUGGGGUGGCGUGUCGUCAACAGGGCGGGACGAGGUGCUGUGCAGGCGAUACGACGAUGGGGGGAUGCCGGGUCGUGCCGGCGUGAAUGCCGAGCGGCCCGCAUUGCUCGGGCUGUAAGAGCAGAAUAUAAAAGGGUGCUUGUCUCGCAUAUAGAAGAAGCCGUAGACGUUACGAUAUCAUCGCUGCUACUACAAUUUACUUCCUUCUUUGUCCAGCGGUCGCUGCUGCUGCUGUUGUUGCUGUUGCUGCUGCCACUUCAUGAACUGCAAUACAACCUCUCGCCCUCGAAUUUAGCGGAGCACGGAUUACACCCUUGGUACCAACAUCUCUUAAUCAACCUCCCGCUGCUUAUACUAUGUAGGGCCUGCCGUGGCUCUCUUGUUCGCAUCACGAUCGCAAACGGGCCUGGCGACUACGCUUUGACACCGGAGGAGAUCGAGUCGGCCACUUCUAAGGAGGCUAACCUGGACCUCCAGGCCAUCGCCGGCUAAA